GGGGGGAGCUACGGAAAGCGAGCAGGCCGGUCGCCUGGGCCGAAGGCUCCUGCGUUCGCCGCGGUUGUCGCAGUUCCGGCCGAACGGCCGCUCCGCGGGGCAGGCGAGUGGUAGCGGCGGGUGUCCCGCCGGCCCGGCUCCCACGGGCUCCCCGGCUGGCCCGGGCCCGGACGCCGCACUCACGGCGGCGCUGCCUCAGGAGCGGAAGGAGCUGCCGCCCGCGUCCCCCGAGGUCGGCGUCAUGAGGAGCCUGCCGUUCUUCUGCCGCGGCGAGGUGGUGCGUGGCUUCGGCCGCGGCUCCAAGCAGCUGGGCAUCCCCACCGCCAAUUUUCCUGAACAAGUAGUAGACAAUCUUCCAGCUGAUGUGUCCACUGGCAUUUACUACGGCUGGGCCAGUGUUGGCAGCGGAGACGUCCAUAAGAUGGUCGUGAGCAUAGGAUGGAACCCAUACUACAAGAAUGUGAAAAAGUCCAUGGAAACCCACAUCAUACAUACGUUCAAAGAGGACUUCUAUGGGGAAAUUCUCAAUGUGGCCAUUGUUGGCUACCUUAGACCUGAAAAGAACUUUGAUUCUUUAGAGGCACUUAUUUCAGCGAUUCAAGGUGACAUUGAAGAGGCUAAGAAACAGCUGGAUUUACCAGAACACUUGAAACUCAAAGAUGACAAUUUCUUCCAAGUUUCUAAAGGCAAAAUUAUGAAUGGCCACUGAUGAAAAGAGUACCUUACCUAUCCACUCACUAAUGUCUCACUGCUUCUGAUACAGUCUCAUCUUGAUCAUAUUUUAAAUCAAACCUUUCCCUGUAGCUGUCAAGUGGUCUUCAGCGUUUACUCCAUCAUGUUGUAUCGCACUAAAAGAUUCACUCAAAAAAAUCAAGACUUUUAAAAUGUAAUAACGUUGAUUAAAAUGUAGCACUAGAAAGCUAGUGUCUUGUAAUGGAAAUAAAGCCUGUGAGUGUGGGUGGAAAAGCAAGUCACUUGGGAAUGUGAGGACUGGCUGCACUUGAUAACCCCGUGCACUGAUGCUGGUGAGCCCAGCAAGCGAAUGCUGCUCAAUGGAAACUCUUCCCCGGAAAUGCAUCGCAUGGAGCUUACCCAAGGAGGAAAAUCCAGCCUGUAUUUUUAUUAUUUUGUGCAUUAAUAUAUUUUUACAGACCUACAAA